AUUGGAACGAAAGCUGCAUCUCAGGAGUUGGACGAGGAACUUCACAUCUUUUCCAGAAACACCAAUAUCUGGAGGGAAAAAGAAUGUUAAGAAAAAACAAAAUAUUAAUUUUUAAAUACCUUCUUAAUCUCAUUAAUGGAGCUUUCUUGGUUCUUGGACUUUUAUUAUUGGGAUUUGGUGCAUGGCUUUUAUUAGAUAGAAAUAUUUUCUUCACAGCUUUGGAUGAAAAUAAUCAUCUGAUAGUAUAUAUUUUUCAAAUUUUGACUGGAACUGGAUCUGCUAUUGUUCUUCUUUGUCUCUUGGGUUAUUUGGGAAUUCACAAUGAAAUCAGAUGGCUCCUAAUCCUGUAUGCAGCACUGUUAAUGUGGGCCUUUGGUGUUCAAGUUGUACUUUCAGGAUUCAUCUUCACAAAGAAAAAAGAGAUUCACCAAGUAUGGCAUGAUAAAGUUGACUUAAUCAUUGCUGAGUAUGGAUCUAAAGAUAUGCCUGAAGAUAUACCCAAGUGGACUUUUCUGAAUGCUUUACAGAAAACAUUGCAGUGUUGUGGCCAGUACAAUUACACAGACUGGAUAAAGAAUAAAAAUAAAGAAAAUUCAGAACAGGUGCCAUGUUCUUGCACAAAUUCUACAUUAAGAAAGUGGUUUUGUGAUGAGCCACUGAAUGCAACUUACCUAGAGGGUUGUGAAAAUAAAAUCAACACAUGGUAUAACGCUAAUGCUUUAACAUUAACUGGAAUUAACUUCGGACUUUUGGCUUCAGAGGUUUUGCAAAUCACAUUAACUGUUUCUUUCUUCAGACACAUCAAGAAUAGAAUAUAUGCAAAAAUGUGAUCUCUGGACUUUAAUUUACCCAGAAGAAACCAGCUAAUUCUCAAAAUAACCACAUUGUGUUCUUUUACUCCAAAAAAAAAAAAAAUUGAAUUACAUUAAUUAAGUUUAGAACUUAUUCAAGUCAUUGGUUAUAUGUAACAUAGAAUUAUGGAAUAUUAUAAGAAAUCACUCCAUGAAAUUCUCAUUUUGUUUUUCAAAAUAUCAAAUUCUGCAGUUCAGAACUUUACCUUGAGUUAUUUUCUGAAUUCAAGGAUGUCAUUAUAUACACUGAAUUCAAAAUGUGAAGUAUCACUAUAUGUUUUGAGUUUCCUAUAUAGAAAAGAUACAUAUAUGAUGCUUAGAAAAUACUAAUUAAGUAAACAAUUAUAAUAUCUACCUUGCAUUUGCAAAUUUUAAGAAAACGAUACUGAUUUGUGGGAGAUUUAAAAAAAAGAUUGAAAAUCUUCAUGUCACUGACCUCUGUACUGAAUUAACCAUUUAUUUCUGUCUUCUGAUUAAUGCUUGCAAGUGGAUAAUAAAAUUUUAGAGAUUUGGGUAUACUUUAGUGGCAGUAAUAAAAUAUUAAAAUCACAAUUUUUAACUAUAGCAUAAAUGUCCUAAAUGAUCACUGAAUUCCCAUACUCAACUUGCUACUCAUUUUCUUCUUUUUCCUUGAAUUUUGUUCAGGCUUACAUGCACAAUUCUCUGAAGGGUAUAAAAAUAGCCUACCUGUUCUAUUUUCCUAAAAGUGAUAUUGUGAGAACAGGAAAAAAAUCCUUUGACAAAUAAAAAGUGCUAUAUAAAUGAAAGGCAUUACCAUAUCAUUGUUGUUCUUUAUAGCAAAAAGACUACCUUGACCUUGAGGAAAUCAAGAAAAGAUAAAUUAACUGAAGAUCCUGCAUCGCUCUGACUCCUAUGGAAGGCUCACUGUCAUUUACUAAUUCAGUCAUUUGUCUUUUCAUCCAUCUGUUCAGUACAUUUCAUAUUUCAGAGACCUGUGAACUUUUUACA